ACUGAAAUUGCUAAUUAUUAAUACAACACGAAAGCCCUCAAUCUAAACGAGUCAAACUGAAUCGAAUUAAUUAAUCCAUUAAGCAACCAAAGAGAUCAUUUUAGCACAAUUGCAUACAAUUUUGGCUACAUAUAACUUCAAGAGAAAGCUAAAAACUUUCUGUAAAGAAUUUUUUCUCAUUUGAUCGUCCAAACGAAUGGAUCAAAGUUUAUUUGAAGCUGCAAGAACAGGGAAUACAGAAUACUUGCACAAUCUUUUGAAAGAUUACCCCCUUUUACUGGGCACUGUUGCAUUAGGAGGUGGAGAAAAUCCUCUUCAUAUUGCUUGUAUUGUAGGACAUGCUGAUUUUGCAAGAGAAUUGGUUAAACUCAAGAGAGAAUUUGCUGCUGAACUGAAUCAAGAUGGUCUUAGCCCUCUUCAUAUUGCAUCAGCUAAUGGGAAUAAGGAUAUCGUAAAGUUGCUGCGAAAUUUGGACCAUAAUCUUUGCCAGAUCAAAGGAAGAGAACAAACGGUUCCUCUACAUUAUGCAGCUAUUAAGGGAAGAUUCGAGGUCUUCAGAGUUUUGGUGGAACACCUCAAGAAAUUGAAAAAAGAGGAUGUCUUGAACAAAAAAGAUGACCAAGGGAACACAAUAUUGCACGUUGCGAUCUCUAAAAGACAAUACGAGGAGUGCGGUGGAGUGAAUUCUUCAAGCAAGGGGGGUCUAACGCCACUGGAUGUUUUAGGAAUAUUUCAAAGUGAAGCGGGGCCAAAGAAUCACAAACUACAUCACAAGAAUCAGCAGUUUAUGUUAAUGAAGAAAGCAGAUCAAGAUCCCCAGCUAAAAAAAUUGCUUGACUACUUCAAAUACGAUACUAUUAAGGAUUCCCCAGGUAGUGUGAGGAACACCUUGCUAGUAUUAGUAGUACUCAUUGCAACAGCAACUUAUCAGGCUGUGCUUAGUCCUCCUGGUGGUGUUUGACAAGACGGUAACUCGAGUACUGGAAAAAACAAUGACACACCCCAUGUUGCAGGGGAAUCAAUUAUGGGCUAUUCUUGAUUUGCAUCUCAGUUAGCUUCUUCACCUCUCUUCACAUGAUAAAUUUCCUCCCCAUAGGAUUUCCCAUGAGACUAGAGCUGCAAGUCUCAAUGACUUCCCUUGUGUUCACUUAUAAUACUUCUAUGAUUGCGAUAGCA